AUGAGCCGGGGCGCGGGCGCGCUUCAGCGCCGGACAACGACCUACCUCAUCUCGCUGACCCUGGUCAAGCUCGAGUCGGUGCCUCCGCCGCCGCCUUCUCCGUCUGCGGCCGCAGCUGGUGCCCCGGGGACCAGAGGUACCGAGACCAGGGAUCCUGGUAGCCCCCGAGGCGCGGAGGAGCCGGGCAAGAAGCGGCACGAGCGUCUCUUCCACCGGCAGGAUGCGCUGUGGAUCAGCACGAGCAGCGCGGGCGCCGGGGGCACCGAGCCCCCCGCCCUGUCCCCGGCUCCGGCCAGUCCGGCCCGCCCCGUCUCCCCGGCUCCCGGCCGCCGCCUCUCCCUCUGGGCCGCCCCUCCCGGGCCCCCACUCUCCGGGGGGCUGAGUCCCGACCCUAAGCCCGGGGGCGCCCCCACCUCCUCCCGGCGCCCCCUGCUCAGCAGCCCGAGCUGGGGAGGUCCGGAACCCGAAGGCCGGGCGGGCGGCGGCGUCCCCGGUUCUUCCUCCCCGCACCCCGGCACCGGCAGCCGGAGGCUCAAGGUGGCGCCUCCUCCGCCGGCUCCCAAGCCUUGCAAGACCGUGACCACCAGUGGCGCCAAAGCCGGCGGGGGCAAAGGCACCGGUAGCCGCCUGUCAUGGCCCGAAAGCGAGGGCAAGCCCAGGGUCAAGGGGUCAAAGAGCAGCACCGGGACUGGAGCUUCUGCCGCUGCUGCUGCUGUCACCGCCGCCGCCGCCGGGGGAGGGGGAGCGGCAGCCACGACCGCAGGUGGGGUCGGGGCUGGGCCCGGAGCCCGCGGGAAGUUGUCCCCUCGGAAAGGCAAAAGUAAGACCUUGGACAACAGUGACUUGCACCCGGGACCGCCUGCUGGCUCUCCUCCUCCACUAACCGUCCCAGCAACCCUGGCUCCAGCCGCUGCUGUCACCGCCGCCUCCGCGCUGCCCACUGGGCCUGCACCUCCAAUCACUCUGGAGCCUCCAGCUCCCGGGCUGAAACGGGGCCGGGAGGGGGGCCGAGCAUCCACUCGAGAUCGCAAGAUGCUCAAGUUUAUCAGCGGCAUCUUUACCAAGAGCACGGGGGGCCCUCCUGGCUCCGGACCUCCUCCCGGACCCCCGGUCCUGUCUUCUGGCAGCGGGUCUAGGGAGCUGCUGGGUGCAGAGCUCCGCGCUUCCCCUAAAGCUGUGGUCAAUAGCCAGGAAUGGACUUUGAGCCGCUCCAUUCCUGAACUGCGCCUGGGUGUGCUGGGUGAUGCCAGGAGUGGGAAGUCAUCGCUCAUCCACCGAUUCCUGACCGGUUCAUACCAGGUGCUGGAGAAGACAGAGAGUGAGCAGCACAAGAAAGAAAUGUUAGUGGAUGGACAGACUCAUCUGGUGUUGAUCCGAGAGGAAGCUGGGGCACCUGAUACCAAGUUCUCAGGCUGGGCAGAUGCUGUGAUCUUCGUCUUCAGCCUGGAGGAUGAGAACAGUUUCCAGGCCGUGAGCCGUCUUCAUGGGCAGCUGAGCUCCCUUCGGGGGGAGGGACGAGGAGGCCUGGCCCUGGCAUUGGUGGGGACACAAGACCGGAUCAGUGCUUCCUCCCCUCGGGUUGUGGGCGAUGCUCGUGCCAGGGCUCUGUGUGCCGAUAUGAAGCGCUGCAGCUACUAUGAGACUUGUGCGACCUAUGGGCUCAACGUGGACCGGGUCUUCCAAGAGGUGGCCCAGAAGGUGGUGACCUUGCGCAAACAGCAACAGCUUCUGGCUGCCUGCAAGUCCCUGCCCAGCUCCCCCAGCCACUCAGCUGCUUCCACUCCUGUAGCUGGGCAGGCUAGUAACGGGGGCCACACUAGCGAUUACUCUUCUUCCCUCCCAUCCUCACCCAAUGUUGGUCACCGGGAGCUCCGAGCUGAGGCAGCUGCCGUGGCUGGAUUGAGCACCCCAGGGUCCCUGCACCGGGCAGCCAAGCGCAGGACCAGCCUUUUUGCGAAUCGUCGGGGCAGUGACUCUGAGAAGCGGAGCUUGGACAGUCGGGGAGAGACAACGGGGAGUGGGCGAGCCAUCCCCAUCAAACAGAGCUUCCUACUAAAGCGAAGUGGCAACUCCUUGAACAAAGAAUGGAAGAAGAAAUAUGUGACCCUGUCCAGUAAUGGCUUCCUACUCUACCAUCCCAGCAUUAAUGAUUACAUCCACAGUACCCAUGGCAAGGAGAUGGACUUGCUACGAACAACAGUCAAAGUCCCCGGCAAGCGGCCGCCACGGGCCAUCUCUGCCUUUGGCCCCUCAGCCAGCAUCAAUGGGCUGGUGAAGGACAUGAGCACUGUCCAGAUGGGGGAAGGCCCUGAAGCCACCACUCCUACCCCAAGCCCGAGCCCCAGCCCCAGUUCCCUGCAGCCACCACCAGACCAGACAUCUAAGCACCUGCUGAAGCCAGACCGGAAUUUGGCCCGAGCGCUCAGCACCGACUGUACCCCAUCUGGAGACCUGAGCCCCCUGAGUCGGGAACCCCCUCCUUCUCCCAUGGUGAAGAAGCAGAGGAGGAAAAAGUUGACAACACCGUCUAAAACUGAAGGCUCGGCUGGGCAGGCUGAAGCCAAGCGCAAAAUGUGGAAACUAAAAUCCUUUGGUAGUUUAAGAAAUAUUUAUAAAGCAGAGGAAAACUUCGAGUUCCUGAUCGUGUCCAGCACUGGUCAGACGUGGCACUUUGAGGCAGCCAGUUUUGAGGAGCGGGACGCCUGGGUUCAGGCCAUCGAAAGUCAGAUUCUAGCCAGUCUGCAAUGCUGUGAGAGCAGCAAGGUCAAGCUGCGCACAGAUAGCCAAAGCGAAGCCGUGGCCAUCCAGGCGAUCCGGAACGCCAAGGGGAACUCUAUCUGCGUGGACUGCGGGGCCCCCAACCCCACGUGGGCCAGCUUGAACUUGGGCGCACUCAUCUGCAUCGAGUGUUCUGGCAUUCACCGGAACCUGGGCACACACCUGUCCCGCGUUCGCUCGCUCGACUUGGACGACUGGCCGCGGGAGCUGACCCUGGUGCUGACAGCCAUUGGCAACGACAUGGCCAAUCGCGUGUGGGAGAGUGACACGCGGGGCCGUGCCAAACCCACGCGGGACUCUUCGCGGGAGGAGCGUGAGUCAUGGAUUCGCGCCAAGUACGAGCAGCUGCUGUUCCUGGCGCCGCUGGGCACUUCCGAGGAGCCGCUGGGCUGCCAGCUGUGGGCCGCGGUGCAGGCCCAGGACGUGGCCGCCGUUCUCCUGCUUCUGGCCCAUGCGCGACACGGGCCGCUCGACACCAGCCCAGAGGAUCCGCAGCUUCGCUCUCCACUUCACCUGGCGGCCGAACUCGCCCACGUCGUCAUCACGCAACUGCUGCUAUGGUACGGCGCCGACGUGUCCGCCCGCGACGCGCAGGGCCGCACGGCGCUGUUCUACGCCCGCCAGGCUGGCAGCCAGCUGUGCGCCGACAUCCUCCUCCAGCACGGCUGCCCGGGUGAGGGCGGCAGCACAGCCACCACCCCCAGCGCGGCCACCACCCCCAGCAUUACCGCCACGCCCAGCCCCCGUCGCCGGAGCAGCGCCGCCAGCGUGGGCCGAGCCGACGCCCCCGUCGCGCUGGUAUAGUUGCGCCGCCGGAGAGACACCCCCUACCCCACCACGGGCCGGGCACGACCACACUGGGUGGACCGCUGGACAGAUGCACCCACUCACCUCUCCAAUCCGCACCCCGUCCCAUGGGAGCGCUUCUUAACCCCCCCCCAAGAGGGCACAGCCCCCACGCCUCCCAGAAGACACAAACUCACCUCCCUCUCCCCAACGAGGCAUGGAGACCCCAUCUUGACACGCCCCCUCUCCACUGUUUGCACCCUCGGAUUGCUCUGGGUCUACCCUCUGGGUGUUGGCGGCAGGGGACGCCCCCGUCGCGGUCCCUGCUCCUGGCAGUUUGGAUGUGCCCGCUCGCGCCCCCUAGGGGUGGGGGAAAAGACCCAGUCCUGCCUGUGCUCGACAGUCCCACGGCGCGCGAGCACUUACCCAGGCUGGCUCCUGGGGCGACGUCACGCCACAGGGAGGUGUUAGUAAGUGGGAGGGCUAGCCCUGGGACUUGAGGCCAAUAAGGGGGACCCUACCCUUUCUAUGCUAAUCUCACUGCCCAGUGAAGGGGGAAGGGCAGCGAGGGGCAGGACCCCUGCUGCCCAUGGGGGUAGGGGGUCCCCAACCCUUUCCGUGAAAGGGACCAUGAGGAGUGGAAAUCAGGACGUUCCCCCCACAUCCACCCAUGGAUGGAAGCUAGAGGGUCGGGGGAGCCUAAAGCCUGGGUCCCUCCUCACUACCAUCUCGGGAGGGAGAAGGGAUGGAGCAGGAGCGGGC